UUUCAGGAAGCAAUUUGCAUCAACUGACAAAGGAAGACUCUGUCGACGCCAGGCCACUACUUCUACGCAGGCGCUUCGUCGUUUGUUAGCUACCCAAGGAACAGAAGAGAAAAAAAAGAGAGAGUAAGACGCGGAGCUUGGGCCGCUACAACUGUGGUAAGUAGAUGAAACUGGCCCGUGAAAACCACCCUGGGCCCAUUGCCGCUGUUUGUCAGUCAUCACCGCCAUGCCCAGCCCAGCCUACACCUAUUCGUCCUUUCGCAUCUCGUCGGCAUCGCCAUCGCCGCCAUGCCGCAGCUGGCCGCCGCCGACGCUUUCCUUAUUCUCGAGUUCAUCGCCGGCAACCGCCGCAUUCCCCACGGCAUACUAGCUGCCCUCCUCGCCUUCCUACCCCCCUCCUUUUCGCCCCGCACCUCCCCGCGCCUCCGCAAAGCUCUAGUGCUCCGCGCCCUCCACGCCGCCCUCCACGCCGAAGACGCCUCCUCUUCCUUCACCCUCCUCGGCAAGGCGCGCAGGGUCCUCGCCGACCCCAACGCCGCCGCCUGCUUCCCGAACCAGCUCUCUUUUGCAGACAGCCAGGAGGACCACGGGGCUAGGGCCGCAGCCGCGGUUGGCGAUCUCAAGCGCUUCCUCGACCACGAGUGGGCCAACCUCCCACCCUCCAUGCUUGAGCUUGCCGCUGAUCGCCUCGCCGGACACAGGUCCCUCCAAACGUGGGCCGCCUCCGACCAUGCAAAUCGUACAAAGCUUCGCCUGCUCGUAGGUGAGUCCACAGAGCGUGAGAUUUUAGCCAAGCUUAUGCAAGAUGCACCCGCUUCUAAUCCACCCAUCCCACCGGAAGUUCCUGAUAUUGCAAAGGAUGCUAAUGAUGCUGAUGGUGCUCAACGAAACAAUGCGGCUUAUCCUUCUAACCAAAGCAAUGAAGCUGACCGUGCUCAAGGAGGCAUAGCUGAGCAUCAAAAUGUGUCCAUAAAAGGAGCACAGCGGGUCCAACUUCCAGAGAAGUCUGUCCCUGCAUCUAAUAAGCGCAAUCUUGUGGAGAGACAUCCCAAUGCAAGUACUUAUGAGUGGGAUGGCUUGGGUGACUCUGAUGAUGACAGGCCAGUAGGGAAGCGUGAGUUACCCCCUUUUGAGAGGAAACCACAUCCUUCCCCUGCAUGUGCACAUAGGAUGAGAAAGAAGUGGAGUGAGAUAGAGGAAAAAACCUUGUUAGAAGGGGUGGUGAAGUAUGGCAGAGGCAAUUGGAAAGAUAUCAAAAUGGCUUACCCUGACGUCUUUGAAGAGAGAUCAACGGUAGAUCUGAAGGACAAGUUCAGAAAUAUGGAAAGGCACCAUGAAUCGGCUUGAGGCCUGGUGGUGUUGUGCUUUUCUACUCUGUAGAUACUAGUAUAAUAUGAUGGCGGCAGUAUGCAAAUGAAGGUCUGUAAGGAUGCGUUUGGAUCCUAGGGACUAAACUUUAGUCCUCUCUUUUGACACCGAUUAGAUGUACUAAAUAAGGGUUAAUUGCAAAACUAAUUGCAUAAGUCGUGGCUAAUUGUCGAGACGAACCCAUUGAUGCUAAUUAGCUCAUGAUUAGCACAUGUUUGAUCUUAGUGAAUUCGUUUCGUGAAUUAGUCUUCAUUUAUGCAAUUGGUUUUUUAAUUAGCCUAUAUUUAAUAUUUCUAAUCGUCCUAUGUGACAGGAGGUUUUAGUCCUAUGGAUCCAAAUAGCAUCUAAGGUGGGGCGCACACAUUUUUUUUCUGUGUUGUAUUUGUUGUGUCUAAGGGGCUGUUUGGACGAGGAGGACUGUCACAUCGGAUGUUUGAGAUCAAUUAGAAGUAUAAUUAGGAGUAUUAA